AGGAAAAUGGCCCGUCUGUAGUAAUGUCUAUAAAGUGUACCGUCUUACAUAUAUAUCAUAAACAUACGGUAUAAUGCCCAUUACAUGUUUUUGAUAUACACGCCCACUUCUAAGAUAACCCCUCCAGAGGUCACAUGAUUCCUAGGCUGACAGUUCAUGUUACGACAGCACUGGGUAACCGUUACACAUGUAUGCUACAAAAGAUGGCUUCUAAGGAGAAACAAGAUGAGACCAUAAAAACGGAUAACAGUCAGAAAGCGUUUGCUCCACUAAAUAUUCCUCUACACCGGCGCAUUGAGACUUUAGUUGUAGCUAUAUACUGCGUAAUUUUCCUGUUCAGUGGCUUCACUUGUCUUUUUAUAUCCAUCUAUUUGUGGUGGACCUCUUAUUUCUGGGUAUCCGCUCUCUACUAUACAUGGAUGUACUAUGACUGGAGGUCUUCAACAGAGGGUGGCAGGAGAUGGGAGUUCGCAAUGAAAUGGCCUGCGUGGCGCUACAUGGCGGAUUUUUAUCCAACAAAACUGCACAAGACGGCCGAUUUGGACCCUUCAGAAAAUUACUUGAUGGGGUACCACCCUCAUGGUGUGAUGAGUCAUGGUGCCUGGAUCAAUUUUGCCACUGAAGGGACAAACUUCAGUGAAGUUUUUCCCGGUAUCAGGCGUACGUUGCUGACGUUGAAGGGACAUUUUAUAUUUCCUGUUUUGCGAGAAAUAUUGCUAAUGUUUGCGUUAGGCGAUGUCACUCGUGAAAGUCUAGACUACAUACUGGGAAAAUCAGGUAAAGGUAACGCAGCAGUCAUUGUAAUUGGUGGCGCUAUUGAAUCACUUGAGGCUCGUCCGAAUUCUCACAGCCUGUACUUGGAAAGACGUAAGGGAUUCGUGAAAAAAGCUAUUGAACACGGGGCUAAUCUUGUUCCCAUCUACUCUUUCGGAGAAACCGACAUUUAUGAUCAAGUUGAAAAUCCAGAAGGGUCAUUUUUAAGAAAGUUACAGCGCUUCCUAACAACAAUCAUGGGAUUUGCGCCACCAAUAUUCCACGGAAGAGGAAUCUUUAACUAUAUCUUUGGCAUAGUUCCUUACAGAAGACCUAUUAAUACUGUUGUUGGAAAACCGAUUCCAGUUAAACAAAUAUCUAAACCAACAGAAGCAGAUAUCAAGGCCGUACAUGAUAAGUACAAGAUUGAGCUUGAGAAACUAUUUAAUGACCACAAAACAAAAUAUGGCAUCUCAAGUGAAACAAAACUGAAAAUUAAGUAGUUCCAGUGAAUUCUACAAUGUACUUUGAUAUGUAUAAUGCACUUCUUUGACUAGUACUUAUAUUCGGUAACCUUUGCCACUUUACAAACGUGCCUGUAAACCUGUUAAUUAUUAUUAUUAUUAUUAUUAUUAUUAUUAAUAUUAUUAUUAUUAUUAUUAUUAUAUAUUAUUUUAUUAUUAUUACUGUACUAUUAUUAUUAUUAUUACUAUUAUUAUAAUUUUUAUUAUUAUUGUUAUUAUUAUUUAUUAUUAUUAUUAUUAUUAUUAUUAUUAUUAUUACUAUAAUUAUUAUUAUUAGUAUUAAUGCACUAAUAUUUCUAAAUUCCUAAAAGUAUGCCUAGCCUUUUCAGUUAAUGCUAAUGGCAUGCAUUUUCGCAAAACUUAUUGCAGCAGUCGUUCUAGAUACUGUCCAUUUGAUUGCCUUAUUCCUGGUUCGUAUAUUUAUUGAAUCCUGUAAACUUUCAAUAAAUCGGCAUGACUACAAUUCAGAACAAGAUUCAAGAUUCAAGAAACUUUAUUUGUCCAUAUAAAAAUACAGAAAAUUGUAUAGCUUGGCAGAUGACAAAAAAAUAAAAUAAAUAAACUGCCAAGCGAGUCGCCACGGAGCAGCGCCACCACUCGUAAACACAAUCAUGAUUCUGCUCUCUAUAUGCAGUACAUUUUUCCAGGACGUGUCUAAUUUCCAUCAUUAGGUCUAGAUAGAGAAAAAUGUGCAGUUAAUAUAUCAGAGCUGAUAUAUAAUAUAAAAAUAUUGCACUGGCUGCAAAGCUUAUUUUUGUAUUUAGUACCACAAAAAUUGGCCCAUUCUUUAGUAUUAAAGAAGUUAUAACCAACUACGAUCCUAUGUUACAUGUAAUGGAUAUUGAGCUUAAUCACACAGAUCUAUGAAAAUAGAAGGAUAGAUACUCGAGUGUACUGAAACAUGUCAAUGAAAACAGUAAUGUAAAAUGUUGUCGAAUAGAAAUUGCUUCAAUUGUGCAAAAUUGAAAAUUAUGGAAAUAUAAUUUAGGCUCUAUUAAAUGUAAAAGUGUAGAUCGAAUAAGAAAUAAAGCGUUUCAAAACGUUUUAAAAAA